AUGACGAGUCUGGCCCAAGCCUACUCACCACACCCGGGUGGAAUGCAGCAACAUCCUAUGGCCCCAGGCCAUCCAGGAAUGGCAGUACCGCAUAAUCCGGGCCAAGGUCAACCAGGUCCAGGAAUGCCUCAGCAGAUGCAUAUGGGAGUUUCUGGACCGGGACCUCAGGUUACUCAAGGCGGAGCUAUGAUGGGCGGAAUUCCUCCUGGAGCUGGCGGGCCAAGUGCGCAUGCCCUACAGCAUCUCAAUCCAAGUCAAGCUCAGCAAGCGCAACUUUUCCAGCAACAGCAGCAAAUGGCCUUCGCGAACAAUCCUCAACUACAACAACAAAUGCAGCAACAACAAAUGAUUCAACAGCAGAGGCAACAGCAGGCUGCCCGUCAAGCUAUGCUGGCCCAACAGUACAGUGGACCACUUCCUAUGGGCAUGCCAAAUGGCAUGAAUCAGAUGGCGCAAUUUAAUGCGAUGAGAGGACCGAUGGCUCGGCCUGUUAAUCUCCCGCAGCAUCUUCAGCAGCAGCAGCAACAGGCGGAGCAUACUCUGCAACAGCAGCAAGCUCAAGCUCAAGCCCAGGCUCAACACCAGCAUCAACAACAGAUAAUGAUGGCACAACAAGCAGCGAUGCAACAUCAGGCGAGUUCUCAAGGGCAAGGGGGGAACAACCAGCAGGGCCAACCAAACCAAAUGAAUCCGCAGCAAAUCCAGAACAUGCAAACGCAAGCCUUGAUGGGCCAACAGGCCCACCAACAGCAGCAGCAACAAGCAACUGCUACCUCGCAGCAAGGCCAAGGACAAGUCCAGACUACAACUUCAUCUGCGCAAGCACCUCCGAAUACCCAAGCACCAUCUCAACAAGCUCAGCAAGCUCCGCAACAACAAACUGGCAUGCAGCAGCAACAACAGGCCCAACAACAGCAACAGCAGGCAACCGCUAUGUUGCAACAACAAGCACAGCAAAGGCAAGGAGAAAAGUUCAAGGGACAGUAUUUAAUGAAGUUGAUGCAAUUCGGCGAUCAUUUAGCCAACUUUGGGGUGAGCUCGAAACCGCUACAUGCAUACAUGGCCAAUGGCGCUCAACGACUGGCUGCGCAGGCAUCUAAACAGACGGACGAUUUAAAUUAUUGGCUCAACUUCAGAGAUCGGUUCUUUUCACCUAAGGGUGUCUUACGGCACUCCGUCUGGGUCGUGGACGACAGCUCGAAUAAACAAUAUGAGAUUGCGUUUCCGGCUCUGGCAAGAUAUUUCCAUACUCAUUUCGAGAGCGGUAUCAAGAACAUGCAGAUGAUCAUGGAAAAGGGAACGGAGAAGGAACUGCCUAAUAAUGGUCACUACACCGAGAGCAUGAAAUCUAGUUUCGUUUAUUGGUUUGAUAACGGGUCGCAAUUGAUUGCCAGCGGUACCCUUAAAGCACAUUUUGAUGCAGAGCAGAAGAUUGAACUGCUCGAGUUCGUUACGACUGGACAUGAAGAAUACAUUCCUCGGACUCGAAUACUUGAGGCUGCUAGACCAUUGCACGAAUGGCAAAAGGAGUGGCACAAAGCCAAUUCCCCUCCUGAAGGAAAGCAGUCUCCAGAAAUGAACAAAAAGAAGGCAAAAGCAUUGAAGUCGCCAAAUCACCCACCACCUGAAAUCGACCUUCCGGCGUCUAAGGUAAAACCAAGCAUGGGAAUAACUCCAUCGGUGUUCCGAUUUCUUGAGUGUUCCGAAGUCGUCGGUCAAAUGUCUCCUCUCUUUGGGUAUUCACACCAGAAUCCUACAUUAUCACCCUAUGCCGCCCUCGACCGGUAUGUCGCGAGCGUGGCUGCAAAUGGGGCUGGCAACCCUACUGGCCUACAAGGUGGACCCCGAACGCCUGGCGUGGGCAACUUUCCCAUGGGCACCUCGCCCGCACAAGGCCAUCUCAAUCUUCCUGACGGUUCACCUCAUCUCAGUGGCAGUCCAGCACAAGCUCCUGGAAUGCAACUCCAACAGAGUCAGCAUGGAACAAGUUCGAGCGGACCAAGUGCCAACACGAGUCCAAAUGCCAGCAACAAGCGGAGAAGACCGAGUGCAGUGAAGGAGGAAGAGCCGCAGCAGGUCAACGGGACUCAAUCAAAGACAUCAGUGAAGCCAAGUCCAAGAAUCGGCGGGAAGAGACAAAAGAAUACAUCAUGA